AACUUGCCCCUGCCAUGCUGGAGGCUGGGCUAUUGCUGCGUGCACCGCCACCGCAGCCGCACGUGGCACGCGCGAGUCGCUGUCACAUCACUCUGGUGCUGCUCCUGCUGCUGCUGCUGCGUCCAACACCGUCGCCGCCGCCGCCAACGAAGCUCACUCAUGGACGAGCAGGAGAACGAGGACUCGGGCAUCAACAAACACCUGCUCGGUCCUGCCGCGGAGGAGACGGAGAUGGUGGCCGUCGGGAAUGGCUGCACGGAGUCGCCUCGUGGGGAUGGAGGCACGUGCGUGCGCAUACGUCUGCAUGUACGGGAGCAGGCCCCCUUCAAUGCAAAGGUGGCGCUGGCCAAGACGGUGGCCAACAACUGCUGCUGCUCCCCCCAUGAACUCAAAUCCUUCUUCCUGAACCUGUUUCCCGUACUGCGCUGGCUGCCAAAGUACAAGGUACGCGAAUGGAUACUGGGCGACUUCAUGUCGGGGCUCAUCGUGGGCAUCCUGCUGGUGCCCCAAUGCAUCGCGUACUCGCUGCUGGCUGGACAAGAUCCCAUCUAUGGACUCUACACGUCCUUCUUCGCCUGCAUCAUCUACUUCCUCAUGGGCACCUCCAAACACAUAUCCGUGGGCAUCUUCGGGGUGCUGUGUCUCAUGAUUGGCCAGGUGGUGGACCGAGAGCUGCAGGUGGCUGGUUUUGCCGAAGAGGGCAUUAAAGGGCACGAUCACGUCGUCAACAACAGCAUGAAUUUCUCCAUCAGCGAUGAAGAAAAUGGCUUCACAGUGAUGAUCGGGGGGCUCCCCUGUGGCCGGAGCUGCUUUGCGAUUGCUGUUGGCACCACGGUCACGUUCAUGGCCGGAGUUUACCAGGUCGUCAUGGGAAUUUUCCAGAUGGGCUUCGUCUCCAUUUACCUGUCGGAGCCCAUGCUGAGUGGGUUCGUCACCGGCUCGUCCUUAACUGUCCUCACGUCGCAAAUGAAGUACCUGCUGGGAAUCCACAUCCCGCGCACCAGCGGCGCCGGCUCCCUUCUCAAGACCUGGUACCACAUCUUCAGCCAGCUCGGCAACACCAACGUGUGCGACGUGGUCACCAGCAUCAUCUGCAUCCUGGUGCUCGUGCCCGCCAAGGAACUCAAUGAACACUUCAAGGCACGCCUGAAGGCCCCCUUCCCCAUCGAGCUGGUGGUGGUGGUGGCAGCCACGCUGGCGUCGCACUUUGGCGGCUUCAAGGAAAAUUACAGUUCGAGCAUCGCGGGCCACAUCCCCACCGGGUUCCUGCCUCCUCGUGCACCCGAGUGGUCACUGAUCCCGCGCAUCGCCGCCGACGCCGUCCCCAUCGCCAUCAUCGGCUUCGCCAUCACCGUCUCGCUGUCCGAGAUGUUCGCCAAGAAACACGGCUACGCCGUCCGUGCCAACCAGGAGAUGAUCGCAAUCGGAUUCUGCAACAUCGUGCCUGCCUUCUUCUACAGCUUCACCACGAGUGCCGCCCUGGCCAAGACCCUGGUCAAGGAGGCCACGGGUUGCCAGACACAGAUGUCUGCCGUCGUCACGGCCGGUGUCCUCCUCCUCGUGCUUCUCCUCAUCGCCCCGCUCUUCUACUCGUUGCAGAAGUGCGUGCUCGGUGUCAUCACCAUCGUCAACCUCCGCGGGGCGUUCCGUAAGUUCCUGGAUAUACCGCGGAUGUGGCGGGAGAGCAAGGUGGACACGUCCAUUUGGUUCGUGACGAUGAUCGCGUCGGCGCUGAUCAGCACGGAGAUCGGGCUGCUGGUGGGCGUCUGCGUGUCGCUGCUCGUGUUCAUCGUGCGCACGCAGAGGCCGCGAGCGGCGCUGUACGGGUGCGUGCACGACACCAACAAUUUUUACGCCGACCUAGAGGCGUACAGCAAUGUGGCGGAGGUUCCCGGCGUGCGCGUGUUUCACUUUGACGCGCCGCUUUAUUACGCCAAUAAGGAAUAUUUCAAGUCGCAGCUCUGUCUGAAGACCCAAGUCAAUCCCGCACUGGUGUUGACAGCGCAGAAAAAACGACAGGAAAAGCUGCAAAAGCGGAAGAAGCUUUCGGGCAGCGACAACGGAGAGAUCGUGAACAAGCAGGCAAUGUUAGAGUUAAAUAAUCUUCUGCCGACAUUUGACUUUCACACAAUAGUCAUUGAUUGCUCAGCAAUGCAGUUCAUGGACUCGGUGGGUGUAGGAGCAGUUAAGUCCAUUAUGAAGGACUAUCAGAGUAUUGGCAUCAGGGUUAUCCUGGCAUGCUGCAACCCAUCGGUUAUGGACUCCCUCCAUCGGGGAAAGUGCAUUUCCACCAUCGAAGACAACCUGACCUUCUGCUUAAUCCACGAUGCGGUGUUGUACGCAGAGGCUGAAGAGAGGAAAAGUCACCACGACAACAACGUAGCGAUCGAUGGGUUGGAAGUCAAUCGGGAGGUGGGGGCCUCUGAAGUUUAGGAGGCAAUCAAAUGAGACGUUUUUAAAUGAUUGCUGACUGGCACAUGCACAGCCUUAUAUGAUUGGCUACAUUUACUGCAUUUUUGAGUUCUUCAAAACAUGCGUUAACAAUACCAUACGAGGUAUAUGAAUGCAAUGUACAGUAAAUGUAGAGUGCCAUAGAUGAUGCCAGUGUAUGACUAACUUCACAAACACAGAAACUACAAACUUAGCAUUUGAUUGAAAUGAAAACCAAUCAACUGCACUAAUAUUCUGAUCAAACACAAGCACUUGGAAGUGAAAUCUAUUUUUGAAAAGAAAAAAAUGUUGCACAGCUUAAUGUACUGUAAAUACUCGGCUUUAUAAGAGUACUGUCUUCUUGAGAUGGGAGGAAAGAUGCUUUGCUCAUGAAAAACCAAAGCACUUCUAUCCAUGAGCAUUUGACUAUAUAUAAGUCAAGGUUAGGCUUUGUCUUAAGUGAAUGCAACUGUUUGUAGCAAAUAUGGUAACAAAUUAAAAUUUUAGUCUCCAUUUUUAUAUAUAUAUACACACAGAAAUAUAUUUUUAAAAGAGUACAAAAAAAAUACUUUGAAGCACAGUAGUUGCGUAUAUUCUAGCUCGGAGCUGCUAGUUUUGAGUCGCCUUAACAGUCGUGAGUGUACAAGUACAGUCGAUGGUUUGCUUGACCGGGUUAAAUCUAACAUUACCACGUGAAGGAAACACCAACAAGUCUAAACCUUCCACAUAGACAUAUCAGGUACUAAUUACCUUACGGUUUAUGCAAAUAGCAUGAAAUAAUGAAGCAAAUAUUACUUUGCUGCAGUUGUUGAUGCAGUGCAUAUCUGUCUUGGGCCCAAUAAACCCUUGGGAGAUUUUUUUUUAAAUACCAAGCUGUCUAAAGUUUGUCAUACACAUACAGUAGUUACUUGCUGCGUUAAACUACUGCUUUUAUUGAGACUGUCUAAAAAAAACAUUAAAGAGUGGAUUGUUAGUCCUUCACAUACUGUGCCUUAAACCGCUGCUAGAAAUGAAACACUCGCGUGCCACAACAUUAACCGUGUUUCCAGGCCAAGAUCUCAUUGUCAUAUCUGGUUAUGGUCCAUGAGCAGAUAUCGUGAUACAGCAAGAUACCUCUUGAGCAGUUCACCCUAAACAUGGACCAGUUGAAGUCUGAGAGCAACUGAGGUGAUCGUCUAUUUGCCCAUCAUAAAUCACGGUGUUACCCAUCAUAAAUCACGGUGUUACCUGAUAGAAUGGACGGGGGAUUUUUUCUUUUUUACAUUCAACUCGGGUCACGCGAGGAUCGUGUCCUCACGGCUAUUUGAAAGGUGACCGAUCAGUACGGCUAAGAAGCUUGCAAUAACAGAUACAUAUUGUCUGCAGGUUGUUGCGAAGUGGUAGGGCCUCAUCUGUCCAAGGGCUGUAUGCAAUGAAGUCCUGGGCCGUAUGUUCCCCACCCCUGUGGUGUAUAUACGUACACCAAGCCUUACAUGUGCGAAGCGACAUUACGUGUAAUAUUUCUGUUAUUUUAUUUCAUUGUUUUCUAUUUAAGCUAAUAUAUAUAUGCAGAACUGUACUGUAAUGCUGUGCAGUGGCUGGGUGGUCUAUGUGUUUGAGUGCGUUAUGGGAAAAGUAUUCAUGAGAUUUUUAUGUUUUAUAGUGGAUAUAUCUCAAAAAGGAGAUAUAGCUCAAAAGGAUAUAUCUCAAAAAGGAGAUAUGUUGGUGUCACGGCCAAAUAAAUCGUCCGCAAUGAAAAUUAGGCAUGUGAAUAAACAUGCUAGAGGGCCUCAUUUUUAAUCAAAUGUAUGCACUUUUAAGCUUGAGAUUUCGCACGUGAUGAUGUAAUGUUUUUAAUGAAUAAAAACGUAGAACAGUACCAUUGCACAUAAUGCACGUAUUUUACAUGUGAAGCCCAUUUGUCAAUACACUGCUGGAUGAGGACCUCCCCAUGCCAUGUCAGUCAUGAGAGAGAUUUGACCAGACUUUGCAACGUUGGUCAGUGUGGGUUUCUGAUGGCAGGGAGCAUAGACAAACAGUACAACAAGGGAUUGUGUGAAAAUUACUCUGUGCCGACCACAACAUAGCCCCGCAAGCCUGUGAACAUCUGUUUUAUGUACGGUGGUUGCCCAUUCAAGAAUUAUUCAGGCUCAAAUCCUGCUUAGAUUUGCAGAUCCAAUGAUAGCAGGCACAUUCUGGGGGGUGUGGUCAUAGGAAGUUUGCACAAUAUAUAUGCAGUAGAGAAAUAAUAAAAUAAUAAAAAUUAAACAUAAUAAAAUAAUUCUCACGACGU